UUUUACAGCAGCAUAUGCAAAAGCUCAUUCCUCUUUGUAGCUUAAUCGAUCUUCUUAAUAUUUAAAUAAAUAAUAAUGGCGGCUAUUCCUUCUCUAACUAUGGUGUUGAUGGGUCGUACUGGAAAUGGGAAAAGUGCAACUGGAAAUAACAUUCUUGGAAAAAAGGCGUUCACAUCAAGAAAAAGCUCAUCUAGCAUUACAAAAACUUCUACCUUGGAGAGAUGUGUACGAAACGAUGGGCAAAUCAUAAAUGUCAUCGAUACUCCUGGAAUGUUCGAUUUAUCCAAUGGAACAGAAUCUACUUCAAGAGAAAUAACGAAGUGCUUAGAAUUGGUAAGUGGAUGCAUUCAUGCAGUUAUUUUAGUGUUUUCAGUAAGGAACCAAUUCACUCAAGGAGAAGAAGGCACCAUUAAAACCCUACAAAAUAUAUUUGGACCUAAAGUUGUGGAUUUCACCAUUGUCAUCUUAACGGGAGGCGAUGAGUUCGAUGACCGCGAUGACAUAGAAGAUUACUUGAGCCAUGAAUGUCCUGCGGCUUUGAAGGAUAUUCUAGCUGUCUGCAAUAACAGAUGUGUGAUUUUUGACAACAAAACUAAGAGUGAAGCAAAGAAGGAAGAACAAGUGAAUGAGCUUUUGGAUUUGGUGAAGGAAAUUAUCGACCAAAAUGGAGGACAGCCCUACAAACAUCCUUUGAUUUCUAUCAAAAAGCUUGAGAAGGAAUUUUAUGAAUUCAAAAGAAAGCUUGAACAGUCUCGCACGCAAGACAUUUAUUCUGAUCCCAAGCUUGGGGAAAAGUUGAAUGAGAUGACAAUUCUUAAUCUCUAUCAGCCAGCACACGUCGAGGUUGGGCAAAAUUCUGAGUAUCUUAAUCUAAUUCAGCCAGCACCUCAUAAUCUAAUUCAACCAGCACCUGUCGAGGUUGACCAAAUUUCUGAAGUUCGUAAUAUAGUUCAAUUAAUAAUUAGAAACCUAAUACGUCUAGAGAGAAUAUUGUCAUAAACAUUGUAAUUAGUAUGAUUGCAUGCAUUAUAUGUGUAAUUUAAAUAUAUUUAAACCUUGCUUGAAUAAGGCAUCUGCCAUCUGUGAUGUGUCUCUUUGUAUAUUGUACUGUUAAAUGAUCGAUGUAAUGGAUUAUUAUCAUAUAUCAUAUAUGUUAUAUAUAUUUCAGUU